CUGUUUUGUUUGUGUGCGGUGACCCGGCUGUGCGUUGUUUUGGCCGCAGCACAAUCGUUUAUGCGCUGCUUCCUAGCAUCUUCUAGCGCCUCAAGUUUACCGGCAUUUCCUUGUGUCCGUUCGCGAUCGGUUCAGGUUCGGUUCGCGCGCGAGUGUGAAAAGUUAAGUGUUCUCUAGUGUUUUUGGUGCAGUGGCCCACAAUGGAGGCGAAAAAGAUCAGUUUCGGGUUCAGUAAAAUUAAGAAACCAAGCCUGGCCGGUCCUUCGGCGAUUGGGGCCAAACAGCAGAUCAAGGAUGAGCAGAAGAUUGAGAUGAUCUCCUGUCUGGAAGGACAGGCGAUUAAGAUCUUAGGGAAGGAGAAUGAAGACGCCGGGCCGCCCCCUUUAGUGAUUCCGUUGAGGGAACAAGACAAAACGACCAUCCCGGAUCGUUUAGCCAAAUUGCAAGAUAUUAUCGAAGGAAGGGAAACGGUGGAAAAUGGUGUGAAGAAAAUUGAAGAAGUCCAACCGCUUCCGGUCGGUGAUGAAUCCUUGGAGCAGCGAGCUGCUCGGGAAAUUUUAGAAGAUUUGCAGGAUAGGAAAUCCCGCUCGAAUGAGAAGGACAGCAUGGUUGUCCCUCUGAAACCGGAGGAUUUGCCUCUAGAUGGGGGUCGUGAGUCCACCAUGGAUGAUUACGAAUCGGUGCCGAUCGAGAAGUUCGGUUUGGCCAUGUUGCGGGGGAUGGGUUGGAAGGAGGAUCCGAAUGCUCCGAAGAAAAGUGAUAAGUUUCCGGAAGGGCCGGUGCAACGGCCCAAGGGGAUGGGGUUGGGGGCGGAACGGGCACCGAAGGAUAACAGCCGCCAGUUGAUUCCCCCGGCCAAGGACGAAGUGCUGACCAUGAAGAAGGGAGCGUUCGUUAAAGUGCUUGCCGGGAAGCAUAAGGAAACUUACGGAACGGUCGAAAGUUUAGACGAGGAGAACGCUCGAGUUGUGGUUCGGUUUUCGAUUGGUGGAGGUCAGGAGUCACUCAAUGAAUAUCUCCUGCAGCUGGUGUCCAGUGCCGAAUACAAGAAGUAUUCUAAAGUUUUGAACAACGCCAAAUACGAGGAGUUCAAAAACCGCACCACCACAGAAUCCAAACCACCCAUCAAAGAAGAGCGAUCUUCAACGGAUCGCAAACUGAUCAAGCGAGAACCGUCGGCAUCACCGUCACCCCCGCCGCGACCUUCCUCCUCGUCAACGAAAUCGCAACAACCAUCGCGAUCACACCGUGACUACUACGAUCAACCAGCGCAGCAGCGUACGAACCGCCGCGAUCGCUCCCCGGAUACACGUGCCGGCGACGACGAUCGCCGCCAGCAGCAGCAGCAGCGGCACCGCCGAGAUCGCGAGGAAUCUGAUCGUCGCGAACGGCGUCGUAGCCGGUCCCGAGAGCGGCAACGUCACCGCCAGGUAAGCAGCAGUAGCGAUGACGACGAUGACUAUUCAGACGAUUCCGUAGAUCGCGAUCGACACCAGCACCAGCGCCGACAUAAAUCGUCCUCUUCGGGAUCGUACGCGAGGACGUCCUCCGGGACGAAGAAAAAGUCCCACAAGUACAAACAACGGCGGGACCAUUCGCGGGAGCGCGAUCGCGAUCGGGACCGGGGCCGUUCCUCCGACGAGGAAGACGACCGACACCACAAGAAGAAGACCAAGAAAAGCAAGAAGCAGCGAAGUCGCUCGCGGAGUCGGCGAUAGAGAGAGUGAGAGUGCGUUCUGUCCUAGGCGAAAGUGUUUAAUAAAUUGCUACAAUUAAGAAAAAAAAAUAA